CCCCCCGCCCCCCGCAGCAUCCUUCCCUGCGCGGCGCUGGCGACAGCGGGGCUGGGUGGGGCGCGUUUUCUCCGCAGCCGCAGCGGCGCGGCUCCCGACUCCGCGCAGAUGAAGGCUCUGGAGCGGCUGCUCCUCCAGCCGCGUCCGUGAUCCGCCGCGAAGCCGGACCGGGAGAGAGACGCGGGGGGCGCCGGCAGCCAGCGCCCCGCGGUUCGCAGCGGCUCCGCUACGCGCCAUGGCUUAACCGCGGCCGGGCACUGGCCUAAGGUCGCCCAGGACUUGGACCCAGGCGCGUUGGCCCUGCCUUUGCCCGGCGCUUGGGCUGGGCUCCCCGCUCCGCUCCUCGCCCUCCCGGAUGAGCAAGGAGCCUUGGAGAUCCCGGUCGCCCAGUAGCAGCCAGUGAUUGUGUCCCCCUCUCCCCCCGCACAGCUUUCCCCGCCAGGCGUCUGGACCCCCCCCCUCCCCGCGCCGGAUCCUGAGCUAGCCCCGCAUCCCCGCUGGCCUGGGCGGUGCGGGAGCGAGCGGCGGUCGGUGCCAGGCUGUCCCGGAGCGGCGAGCGAGGCAGCGCGGGGCCGCAUCAUGGCGUGGCCCUGCAUCACCCGGGCGUGCUGCAUCGCCCGCUUCUGGAACCAGCUGGACAAGGCGGACAUCGCCGUCCCCCUGGUCUUCACCAAAUACUCCGAGGCCACCGAGAGCCCCGCGGCGCACGGGAGCCCGCCCCCGCCGCGCCCUUCCUCGGCCCUCGAGACCCAGCCCUGCAUCCUUGGCGGCGACCUGGAUGCGGUUGCUAGGGCGACCGCGGCGGGGGACCACAAGGCGGGGCUCGGGCAGCAGCCGCUGCCGGCCGACUCGGUGAUGCGCCAGGACUACAGGCACUGGAAGUCGCAGCGGCCCGAGCCCAGCUGCAAGCCCAAGAGCGAGUACCAGCCCUCGGACACGCCCUUCGAGUCGGAGAGCCAGUACCAGAAGGAUUUCCGAGCCUGGCCCAUCCCCAAGCGAGGGGACCACCCCUGGAUCCCCAAGCCUGCCCCGGAGAAGGGCCCCCCGGAGAAACCCCCCGGGGAGGAGAAGAAGAGGAAGCUGCUGCCGGGGCAGGAGAAGAAGGAGGCGGAGGCAGAGCAACGGGCCAAGGAGGAGCCGCCCAAGGCAGCCAGGGCUGAGGAAGGGCGAGAGUCAAAGAGCAAGAAGAGGGUGCAAGUGGUGGAGGAUGGGGGGCAGCAGCAACAGCCCGGGCCCUCGGCGCCCUUGGAGGGAGGCAAAGGGCGAGCAGCGGUGGAUGCCCUCAACUGGCAGAUCAGGGAGGAAGUGGCAGCAGGGGUGACCAGCUCCUACAGAAAUGAAUUCAGACCUUGGGUAGAUGUCAACAGAGUCAAACUUAUAAAAUCGAAGACCCAGUACAAGCCCCCGGAUGAGAAAGUGAGCCAUGUAACCAGUUACAGCUCUCAAUUCAAGGGAGAACCCAACAAGCCUGCGCCACCUGACAACAAAUUCAUCGAUCGCAGGAGGAUACGCAGCCUUUAUAGUGAGCCUUUCCAAGAAUCUUCAAAGGUGGAGAAGCGUAGUGUUCAGCCUUCCAAACCAAAAAAGACAACAACGAGCCAUAAACCACUGAAAAAGGCCAAAGACAAGCAGAUUACAUCUGGCCGGGCUGCCAAGAAAAAGACUGCAGAGAGCUCCAGCGGGACAAAGCCAGAGGACAAGGAGAAAAGUAAAGAGAUGAACAAUAAAUUGGCUGAGGCUAAAGAGUAAAUUUCAUUGCACUUUUCUCUCUUUCUUUUUUUUCUUUCAUUAAAUAAAGGCCACAAAAUUAAUUAGAGGCUUCUAAUCUGCUUUUGUUCUGAUUGUAUUAGAAGCUUUUAUGUUUUAUUUCCAAGGAGGAUUAGGAAUCCUCAUUUCAGAGGUCAGGUUUUCUGCUUUGCCUGCACGACACAGAGCUACACAGAAUGAUGGGGAGAGGAUGAGGCUGGAAUGCACAGAGGAUUGUAGAUUGCAAUGGUUUUCAAUUAAUUGUGCACUGCAAAUGUAUUAAAAGGCAUGGCUCUUUCCUUGGGCCUGAACCUCCAGUGCUUAAAUUGCAUAAAGCUGCCAUUUGUUCCGCUAGUGCAGGGAAGGGGCUCAGUUUUGUUCCCAGGAUCUGAUCCCAUGAGCCUGAGUGCCUGUCGGGGGUUCUGAGCUCUGUCUACAUCUAGUGGCAUCAACAGAACAGAAGUAGUGCUCAAUAUCUUGUGGGAUUAGGCCCUAUAAACCUGACAUAACUCAGUGGAGUCAUUCCAGAUUCACAGUUGUUCUCAGAGACAUCAAUGGGUAUUUGGCCAAAGGAAAGGAUGAAAGAUACUGGGUUAGAUCUUCAACUAGUAUAGAUGGACCAUGCCCAUUUACAUCAGCUCAAGAUCUGGCCCCGUGUUGCAGCAGAAUGGAAAGUGAAGUCAGGCACAGAAAGAGUCCAGCUGGUUGCAAAGAUUUCUUGAAUGGGCUUCAGGUCAGACUCUGCAGGUUGUUCUUCCCUAUCAUUUUUCAAGAUCUGCAUCUUUUUUAUUAUUUUUUAUUUGUUUUGGAUCUUGGUCUGAUUCCUAUGUUUUUCGGAUGCAGAUGGCUAUUGUGUGCAACUGGAGUAGGAGCAAGUUUCAGGAAUGGAUCCAGUUUGCAAACAUGACUUUUUCUAGGUAGAAUGGAACUUGCAAGUCACCAUUGUUAGCUCUGGCAAACUGCUAGAAAAUUGUCCCAAACACAAUAGUUUUAAAUAUACAAACACGUUAAGUCAUGGCUGCUCAUAAUUGUGCGAAUGGGACCAUGAUCCA